UGUCAAGGUUCCUUUCAUUAAGCACUUUAUAAACAUUUCAUAUAGACAUUCCUUAAAUCUCUCUUAACAUAUACUCUCCAUUAUGGCUAAUGCAGGUGCGUUUGCAGGGGACAUCGAGGGGAAUCCCGCUAAGCAGUAUUUGCCGCCAUUUGUGGCUGUCUACGCGGAGCGUACAGAGAUUGAGGUCAAGGCCAAGGCCAAGAAGCGGAAGCUGACAUCCAUGGCCGUCAUCAAAGCUAAGAAGAGGCUGAGCCGUUCGCGCGGGGAGCUGGGACAUGAGUCUUGGAUAGCCGUGAGCGGGUAUCAGCUGGAUUGCGCCUCUUUGGUGUAUCGGUUCUUUCUCGAUAUUGGUCAGAUUGUGGACAGGAGCUUCACGAGUUGCAGUCUGAUGUAUCUGAGGUACGACUGCAUGCAGGACUGCGAGUUGGCGCUCAGCUACGAUGGCCAAAAGGUCGGCUACGGUGCUGAUAUGCUCGUUCGCGUUAGGCAAGAGCAUCCUCUGCUCGAGAUGCGCUGCGAGUCGACUCAACUUGCUGUCGUCGCAGACCAUGAGGUUAGCCAACCGAUAACAUGUGACAUCGAUAUGGCAGCUAUCGAUAAACGAGCCGCGUCGCAGCUGCCAGCCGUUGCAGAGCCGCAAUCGAAGCGCCGCAAGUUCAGCCUGCUCCAAUGGCUGAAGCAUCAAAUAUCGUAUCUAUUUUAUUUGAACGAAGCAGAUUGAGUUUUUGUUCAAUCAUUAAAUAAUAACAAUUCGGAGUGGCCAGCUUAGAUAUUUGCAUAU